AUACAGGCAAUCAAUUCUUAAGUUCGCAGUAGAAAAAGUGGACCACCAUAACUGAAAAAGAAAAAGAAGAGAUGGGAGUUUUAGGCAAAGUGGUGGAUGGGAUUCUAUUGCUAACAUUCGUGUCCAUGUCGGUGGUGCCAGCGUGCUUGGACUCCCAGGUACUUUUGCCUAAAGCCCUUUUCCCCGAUGUGCUGGGUCGUGUAUAUACAUGGUAUACGACAACAUACCAAGAUUAUUUGCUGUUGGACGAGCCUCAUUUUUUCAUGGCACUUAUGAAAUUGGAGCUUGUUUUAGUAUUGCCGCUCGCUAUACUUAACACUUAUGGCUUGUUGACCUCCAAGCCUUGGUUCAACACCACCUGCCUCAUCUUCGGUUCUGCUCUUGUUACCUCCACGACAGCUAUGGUGGGAGACAUGCUGGGAUCCGACAAGCCAUCAGCAGGUAAAUUGGCAUCGAUGUACUCCCCUUUUAUAGGAUUUGGGUUCCUAGCCAUACUGCGAGGGCUGCUUUCGGAAUCCCCCAACGCUUCCAAAACCAUUGCCAACGGACUAACGUCGGCUUUGAAAAAGAAGGCCUGAAGUUGACACAUGACUUAUAAAACAUCAUCUUCUUCCUUGAUAUGCGAUAUCCAUGUUACAACAAUAAGGAUCAAAAUUCAAAGUACAAAAAAUUACAAAUACUACUAGCAAUCUAAUAGUAUUUGUAGUUGUUUCUUUGUCAUGUUUAGAAAGUUUUAUUUUAAAAGGUGUGAUUAUGAGUAAUAAUUUUAAUGCAUUGCCUUUUUUUUCCCUUCUAA